GUACCUGAAGGCACCACCGGAUCACGUGACCACCUCCGUUAUUUCCUGCAGUAUCAGACGGCGCAGUAGCGGUGGUGUGGUCGCUCCGAAGGAAGGCACGUAAACGGAAAGAAGAAGAAGAAGAAGACGACUCGAAGGCCGCUGCUAAACAUCGGCAACUGUUGCACUUUAAGCGACGACGGAUAUAUACAUAUAUUUAAAAGCGAUUUUUUUUUUUUACAGAAUUGGUUUUAAAUUCGAGCUGCUGUCUUUUUUAAUUCUUCUACGUGAAAAUUGUUAUUGUUAUUUAAUAGCCUCAUCAAAACAAACCGGAGUUUUAAAAAAUGGCGACAGCUGCGGUGUCGGCCCCCGCCGGCAGCGGCCCCAGCCCCGCCGGCUCGGACACGGAGCUGGUCCGCGGGCAGGCCUUCGACGUCGGGCCUCGGUACAGCAACCUCUCGUACAUCGGGGAGGGAGCCUACGGGAUGGUGUGCGCUGCGCAUGACCGGGACAACAAGACGCGCGUGGCCAUCAAGAAGAUCAGCCCCUUCGAGCACCAGACGUACUGCCAGCGCACCCUGAGGGAGAUCAAGAUCCUCAUGCGCUUCAAACACGAGAACAUCAUCAGCAUCAACGACAUCAUCCGCACGCCGACCAUCGACCUGAUGAAGGACGUAUACAUUGUCCAGGACCUGAUGGAGACGGACCUGUACAAGCUCCUGAAGACUCAACACCUGAGCAACGACCACAUCUGCUACUUCCUGUACCAGAUCCUUCGAGGCCUCAAGUACAUCCACUCGGCCAACGUCCUGCACCGCGACCUGAAGCCCUCCAACCUGCUGCUCAACACCACCUGCGAUCUCAAGAUCUGCGACUUUGGUUUGGCCCGCGUGGCUGACCCGGACCACGACCACACCGGGUUCCUCACGGAGUACGUGGCCACCCGUUGGUACCGGGCACCCGAGAUCAUGCUCAACUCCAAGGGUUACACCAAGUCCAUAGACAUCUGGUCGGUGGGCUGCAUCCUGGCCGAGAUGUUGUCCAACAGGCCGAUCUUUCCAGGGAAGCACUACUUGGAUCAGCUGAACCACAUUUUGGGGAUCCUGGGCUCUCCGUCUCAGGAGGAUCUCAACUGCAUCAUCAACAUCAAGGCCAGGAACUACCUGCUGUCGCUGCCGCUGCGCUGCAAGGUGCCGUGGAACCGCCUGUUCCCCAACGCCGACCCCAAAGCUCUGGACCUGUUGGACAAGAUGUUAACCUUCAACCCCCACAAGAGGAUCGAGGUGGAGGAGGCCCUGGCACACCCGUACCUGGAGCAGUACUACGACCCCACGGAUGAGCCGGUGGCCGAGGCCCCUUUCAAGUUCGACAUGGAGCUGGACGACCUCCCCAAGGAGAAGCUGAAGGAGCUCAUCUUUGAGGAGACGGAUCGUUUCCAGACCAUCUUCAGGUCCUAACGCCUCACUGCAAUGCUUCUGUGGACCGGCUCCUCCUCCUCCUCCUCCUCUUCCUCCUCACUGUUGCUGUGAUAUUCUGUUUUUAUUUUUAAUUGGUUGUCCACAUCAUCUGGAUUCCUUGGGUCUCACUCAUCAAAUCCACUUUGCUCAGGAAAGGCGUCAGGAAUAUAUAUAUAUAUCAUUCUCUUGUCUCUCCUCUCUCCAUCUCUCGCUCUCUCCAUCUCUCUCUCUCUCACAGCUUAGUUUGGUUUUUAUUUUUUAUUUGUGUUUUCAAGCCAAGAUAAACAACUUUUUAUUUGUGUCUCUGUUCACACUUGAGACCUUUUUAUGUCCUCUUGAAUUUGAUGUGAUGGACGAGCUGUUGUUGUGGUGUUGUUGUUGUUUUCUCUGGUGCAGCUGUCGUGCUUAUGGAUCGGCCUACAUUGCACAAAAACAACCAACUAAAAGGUUUUGAAUUUAAACUUUUUUUUCUCGCACAAUAAGAGAACUUGAGCUUUUAUCUUCUCUUUUCUCGCGCGUUAUCUCUCUUUAAAAAAAAGAAGAAAUUAUGCAAUGAAAUCACAUAAUCAGCCACAGACAUGUGGCCCAAAGCCAUUUGUUUCUUUUGAAGAGGAGUUAUAUUUGAACACACAAACACAGAAGGCCCACAUGUAAAUACAUAUAUAUAUAUAUUUUAUAUACAAUAUAUAUAUAUAUAUAUAUACACACACACAGCCCAAAGAGUCUUAAGAUACCUUCCUAUCCAGAGGGAUGAUGGGUGUGAAUUAGAUGAAUUUAUGAAUUUUCUUUCUUCUCGUGAAACACACACAAAAAAACGUUUUAAUUUCUCCGGCUGCAUAAAUAAAAUGCACCAAAAUCACAAAUCUAGUUCUGCCUUAGCCACGAGAUCCCUGAAGGAAGCGUCUGUUCUCUCAUCAACGUCUUUACGUCUGAGGCUUCUUCUUUUUCUUUUUCUCUCUUCCUCUCGCCUUGUUAGAUAAGACUGUGCCCUUAUAAGACUGUUAUAAGCUCCAUAGACAAAGACGACCACGACGUUAAGUGCCACGCGAGCCGGGGAGAGAGCCCGGGCUCCUUCUGUUUCCACCUUUCAUCCUUUAUUUAACCUUCUAUCCUUUAUUUACUCUGUGCUUUGUGCCCUGUUUCCUCUUUUUUUUUCCAGCUCUUUCUUCGUCCUAAUUUUCCUUUACAGUUUUCUUUUUCACUCCAUUGUGCACGCUCGGACGUCUUCUUUUCAUUUCUUUUGGGGUUGCAAAUAGGAGAAUAACCAUAUCUAUAUCUAUCUGUAUUUAUACAGAUCGCACAGAAACUACAACGACGUGCGUUCUUUCCUCGACCUGCGGAGUGGCAUCCAGGCACAAGCUGGUUUUAAAUAACACCCAACCUAAAACAAAUCAGGUUUCCCCAUUUCGUCCGUUGUAACGAUUAUUUUUAAUAUUUUAUUUUGCCUUAAAUUGCACAUUUAUCACGCUGAUAACUGCAGUGCAACAAAAACUAGACACAGCAGAAUAGUCUCUAACUGAUUUUAUUUUAAGCCAACAGAAUUGAGACUUAAUAAACGUUUAUUUGUGGAGCGUCAUUCAGUUUUAAUGAAACUUUAAGUAUUAAGUACGACUUUAAAACAUCUCCAAUAGAUUAAAAGACUAAAUCUACCUGAAUGGAUUCUUCAAGAGUCUUUCCCUGCUGGCACUUAAAGUUGGAAAUUAGAGAUUUAAAUGUAUAACAAGACUGUUUCGGGAUAGAUAUAUAUAUAUAUAUAUAUAUAUAUAUAUAGAAAGAAUGAUCUGAAACUUAGAACCAGCAAAUCUUCAGAAGCUGUAACAAAUGUUUAUUUUACCGUAAUUUUUUAAUAAAAGACCUAAACAAUCAUCCUUUAAUCGUAAUUGAUCACGGUUCAAUUGAUCGACUUAUCCUCCGUGUUAAACGCGUCCACUUUAAUGCAUUAGGAUGCUGUAACUUAGGGAGUCUUUUAGGCAGCACAAAAAACAAGAAGUGUUCAAUCAUAAAUCAACGAUGUCCUUUUUUUCCAGGUAAAGAAAAAAACAAGAAAUAACUGCCUCAAACUGUGUCUGUUUCCCUUUUUUAUAAUUAGUGUGAGCUGAACUUUUAUGGAAACAUUAGAAAAUUGCAUUGUUGCCAUGGAAAUUAUCCUAAACUUUAAAAUAUAUAUAUAUUUAAUACAAAUUAAAAUGUCCCUCUUUGCUCUCAGCUGAAGAAAAAAAAUGACCAAAACUCCAAUGCAAAAAUGACAAUGAAAUAUAAUAUUAUUUUUCUUGCACUCUCAAAUUUUAAGCCAUGCAGACGUUGAACGUGAGGGGUAGAAAGACUCGUCCUUCCCGGCGGUUCGAGUCCUCGCGUGCCCGCCGCCGUACACAACCCGUCUGUCUCUGCAUUAUUAUUAUUAUUUAAUGCACUUGCUUCUACGGUCGUCGGGACGGGACUAAUCCGAGGUGCCUGCCGGGAAUUAACAUGCCUGUAGAUAGUCUUUUAUUUUGGCGGGCUGGGUGGGAGGGGUUUAGGUAGCAUUGAGGGCUCUAGAAACCUUACUGGGAUUCGUUGUGUAACAAAACAAACAAAAAAAAGCUUCUGCUGAGUUCUCUGUGCAUCCUGUCUGUUUGUGCCUUCUUUGAUGGUCUUGAUCUCUCAAGAUUUGACGUGCAGCUUUUGUUCAGUCGGGAAUCCGUUUGUAAUCGCAGUAUACGCUCUUAAAAAUGAACACAAUCGGGGCAAGGGGGGGUAUCCUUAUUUUUCAGUUAUUUACAUUUUAAAGAGAUUUUUGUUUUUUUGUGACCGUAUUGAAAAGAUACAUUUAUAUUAUAUAGCUUUUUAUCUUUUUUUCUUUCGGCUGUUUUUUUUUUUCUGUAAAAUUGAAUGUUCUGUUUCUAUCGGACACUAAAUCUUUGUUUCUGAGUCGUCUCCAGUGGUGGAACUACUUCACUAUGUAUGUUUUUGAUCAGUAUAAACAUUUUUUUAUUGUGUAGUUAACAUUUCUUGAAAGAGGAGUUUAAAAAAAUAAAGUAAAAAAAUAUAUAUAAGAUGCUCGUUUUUGGAUUUCAACGGUUCCCGUUUGACUCGCCAUUGUUUGAAUUGAUCGGUCGGUUUUAUCUCGUGUCGUGUGAAGGAUUUGACUUGAACGAAGCAUUUCUUUGCUAUUAUUAAAGACUGACUUUUGACAAA